CGUCAGGUUGAUCAGUAGUAGCGGAGGAGAGUCAGAAGCGAUGUCUGGCCGUGGAAAGCAAGGCGGGAAGGCGCGCGCCAAGGCCAAGUCGCGUUCGUCCCGAGCUGGCCUGCAGUUCCCUGUGGGCCGCGUCCACCGUUUGCUGCGCAAGGGCAACUACGCCGAACGGGUGGGCGCCGGCGCCCCAGUGUACCUGGCAGCCGUGCUGGAGUACCUGACGGCCGAGAUCCUGGAGCUGGCGGGGAACGCGGCCCGCGACAACAAGAAGACGCGCAUCAUCCCGCGGCACCUGCAGCUCGCCAUCCGCAACGACGAGGAGCUCAACAAGCUGCUGGGCAAGGUGACGAUCGCGCAGGGUGGUGUGCUGCCCAACAUCCAGGCCGUGCUGCUGCCCAAGAAGACUGACAGCCAUAAGGCAAAGAGCAAGUAAAAACUGAGGAAGGUUCCCACCUCAAAAGUUAAUACAAAGGCUCUUUUUAGAGCCACCCACUUUCUCAUAAAAGGAGCUGUAUAUUCUAAGAAAAAAAACAAGCAAAAAAACCAAAAAAGCCCAAACCCAAAAUUUGCAAAGCCUAAGUUUACUUCUUGACAAUUUGAUCUUUCAGAA